CCGCCCCUUCUCCUCAGCCGCGGCCGGCGCCGCUGAGGGGGGAGCAUGAGGGGGCGCCGUGGUGGCGCUAGUGCUGCAGCCGCGCUCGCCUGAUAGGGCCCGGCGGUUCCCCGGCGGUUUUCCGCGGCGCCUCGCCUGGGGCAGACCGUCGCGGCGAGUGGAUGCCCAACGCUUGCCCGCCUCCGCCGCCUGGCGCCUAGCGGGCACCGGCAGGGCAGAGACCCGCGGACGCCAUGGGCUGCUGCAGCUCCGCCGCGCAGAGCUCCAAGCGAGAGUGGAAGCCUCUGGAGGACCACAGCUGCACAGAUGUACCAUGGCUGCUCUUAUUCAUCCUCUUCUGCAUAGGAAUGGGUUUUAUUUGUGGCUUUUCAAUAGCUACAGGAGCAGCUGCAAGACUGCUCUCAGGAUAUGACAGUUAUGGAAAUAUUUGUGGACAGAAAAAUGUCAAGGUGGAAGGAAUAGUGAACAGUGGUCUGGACCUCACACACAAGAAGUAUGUGUUCUUCUUGGAUCCAUGCAACAUUGAUCUAGUACAUCAGAGGAUCAAGUCUAUUGCUUUGUGUGUAUCGGCUUGCCCAAGGAAAGAACUAAAAACUCUGGCUGAUAUUCAGAAAUUUGCAGAAACUAAUGGAUCCACUCUGUGUAGCUAUGAACUACAGCCAUCAGAAUACACUACAGACCCAAGGGCCGCCAAAUUAUGUCCUAAAUAUCCUGUUCCAGAGAGUGCACCUAUUCCAUUCUUCCAUCGCUGUGCUCCUGUGAACAUUUCCUGCUAUGCCAAGUUUGCAGAGGCCCUGAUCACCUUUGUCAGUGACAGUAGUGUCUUACACAGGCUGAUUAGUGGAGUUAUGACCAGCAAAGAGAUUAUAAUGGGACUUUGCUUGUUAUCACUAGUGUUGUCCAUGAUUUUGAUGGUUAUAAUCAGGUACAUUUCAAGAGUACUUGUCUGGAUUUUAACAAUUCUUGUCAUUCUGGGAUCACUCGGUGGUACAGGAGUCCUGUGGUGGCUCUAUGCUAAGCAACGAAUAUCUGCCAGUACUGUUGAGACUCAAAUAGCCAAAGACAAUCUUCAGGCUCUCCUGAUUUAUGCCAUUUCAGCUACAGUCUUCACGGUUAUCUUGUUCCUGAUAAUGUUAAUUAUGCGCAAACGAGUAGCUCUCACCAUUGCCUUGUUCCAUGUGGCCGGCAAGGUCUUCAUUCACCUGCCACUGCUAGUCUUCCAGCCAUUUUGGACAUUCUUUGUGCUUAUCCUCUUCUGGACAUACUGGAUCACAGUCCUGCUUUUCCUUGGUACUACAGGUAGUCCUGUCCCAAAUGAAGAAGGAUUUGUUGAAUUUCGGAUGGUAGGUCCUUUGAAAUACAUGUGGUGGUACCAUGUAGUGGGACUCAUCUGGAUCAGCGAGUUUAUUCUAGGCUGUCAGCAGAUGACAGUAGCAGGGGCUGUUGUGACAUACUAUUUUACAAGGGAGAAAAGGAAUCUGCCAUUUACUCCUAUUCUGGCAUCUGUUAAUCGCCUCGUUUGUUACCACCUAGGAACAGUAGCAAAGGGGUCUUUCAUUAUCACACUAGUGAAGAUACCACGAAUGAUUCUCAUGUAUAUUCAUACGCAACUUAAAGGAAAAGAAAAUGCUUGUGCUCGCUGCAUGCUUAAAGCCUGCAUCUGCUGCCUUUGGUGUCUAGAAAAGUGCCUGACCUACUUAAAUCAGAACGCGUAUACAGCCACAGCUAUCAACAGCACUAACUUCUGCACCUCAGCAAAGGAUGCCUUUAUCAUUCUAGUGGAAAAUGCUUUGCGGGUGGCUGCCAUAAAUACAGUUGGGGAUUUUAUGCUGUUUCUAGGAAAGGUCCUGAUUGUCUGCAGCACAGGUUUGGCUGGGAUUAUGUUGCUGAAUUACCAACGAGAUUACACCAUCUGGGUGCUGCCACUCAUCAUUGUGUGCCUCUUUGCAUUCCUGGUUGCUCACUGCUUCCUUUCCAUUUAUGAAAUGGUUGUUGAUGUCCUUUUCUUAUGUUUUGCCAUCGAUACAAAAUACAAUGAUGGGAGCCCUGGGAGGGAAUUCUACAUGGAUAAAGUUCUCAUGGAGUUUGUGGAGAAUAGUAGGAAAUCUGUGAAAGAAGCUGGCCGGGGAGAUGGAGCUGAGGGCAGAGAGCUAAAACCAAUGGCCUCUGGAGCAAGUUCAUCUUGAAACUAGCCAGCCAUAUUGGAACCCAUUGACAUUCCAAAACAGUAUAUAUAUAUACAUAUAUACAUACAUAUAUAUAUAUAUAUAAAUAAACAGCCAAAAUCAGAGAAAAGGAACAGGGAUUUAAUACUUUUUUUAACAAUUAUUUUUGUGAAACAUGUACUCUUUUCAUACGGGUGGCUUUUACAAGCAGCUUUAUCGUUGUUCCUUUUUUUAAAAUUAUUCAUUGUGAUCAUGGAAAUGUUGAUUCUUAUUUGCUAGGUAUUUUACAAUCUGGAGGAGGUAUCAUUGUAAAGGUAAUCUGAAAUGGUGACUGGGUUUAGAGACAGAUUUCCCGUGACACUGCUAAUCUGCUGAGAGUUUUACUUGUUUAGUUUGUUUAAAUUUGCAUUAAAUUCAGGACAUUUACGUGUGAGGAAGACCUUCCAGUCAAGAAAAGGUUCAAAUUUAUUUUUUCAAAGGUUGUUUUGAAUGAGAGUUCAUUCAGUUCAAAUGGGUUUGUAAGUAGUUAUUUUACUUUAGAGGCCUGGCAGGGCACAGUUUUGUUUAUCAGUAUCAGAUAUCACAAUAACCAGCUCCUCAGGUAUUCAGGUGUGUGGGAACCUUUGCAUCUCGUGUUAAACAGAAACUACAAAAUGGGGACAGAUAAUUUUUAUAUGCAAUUAACUUCCCGUUUUACCCUACUUAUCCCUUGUACCUGUUGCCCUUGAUCCUCCCCUUGAGUUCAGGAGCCUCCUUCAUACUUCAGCAGUGCUCCUUCAAACAGUAUGGAUUCUCCAUAAGAGCAAUUGAAAUGACAGAUUGUUAAAGCCCAGUCUUAGCCAUACUUGUGAUUAAUUCAUGCCUGGAUAUAGAGAUGCUGAGGAUGGGAAGAGAAAUGAACUGUACUACUGUAGAAAAAAGUACUGUAUGCUUCAUUUCAUUUAAUGCCAGAGAGCUCUGGGAGGUGGAAGGGACCAUUGUUGUUUCAUCCAUAUUUGUAUGUACUGUUGCUGGUAGCUAAGACAGGAAAGGGCAGAGAAACAUUUCUUUGGAAGUGUAACUGCCAGGAGAGUUAUCUAAAGUUAUCAAAUAAUGACAAGAGAACUUGCUUUAUUAUUAGAUACUUACAUUUCUUUUCCAUCUGGAAGCUCACCAGAUAUGAAUGCUAAUAUUGUUCAGCAUAUUGUAAUGGUAAAUGCUUAAAAGUGUGUUUGCUAAGAAUUCAUGAUCUGUCUAUGCUAUAUACUCCUUUUGUUACAAUUUUUUUAAGAAAACUAUUUUUGUUAAUGUAAAGUUAAUAUUUCAGAGCAGAAUUUUUAAACUUAUUGCACUAAAUACAAGCUCUGUACAAAUAAAUAAUGCCUCAAUGGUUCAGUCACUCCAUUCAAGAAAAUCUUUUGCAAGAGUAAAGCUCUUCUACAGAAGCUUUGUGAUGGAGUGGAGAGGUAUGUCUAGGUAGAGACAUACACAGCUAAUUUUAUGAAGACUUAAUACAUAAGCGGUUAUCUAUGCUUCCUUUCAAAGGAUCAGACUUUUAAAUUGCUGCCGAAGGUUCAAAAAAACCCCAUGUAGUACUGUGUAACUAACCAGUGCUCUGACCUUUUGGCAAUAGUGAAAUAUUCACUUCUGUUUCUAGAAGUAAUUUGGUAAGUUAAAUUUGUUUAGUUUUCUUUUGGUAAGCCAAUUAAAAGGAUUUACUCUUUUCAUAUCACAGAACCCAAACUAAAUGAAAGGUAUGAAAAUAAAAAUGCAUUUGGAAAUGAUAGCUGCUGGGGAGGCAGGAAGGCAGAGUUACCCAGUCAUUUGACUGAACUGUAUUGGUAGCUCCACCGACAUCAGACGGGCUCUGAAAUUGUGGAAGUUGUAAGUGCUAACUGGACUAGAGCUUCAACCUAGAGAUUCAAACUGGUGCGCUGGCGAGGCCUCUCAGUGCAAGGAAGGGGUCAGACUAUCUAGAAGUAGCUCUGGAGCAGCCUGAAGUUCGUGGAGAGGAAGCAUUCCUGCUGUACCAGUAUCUAAGACAGCAGUGGCACCAAACACUGAUAUUUGUGUAGAUCAGUGGGGUUUAGCAACUGAAAUUUAAAAACUGGCUUAGAGGAAUCCUAGAAACUAGAUUUCAAGGCUAAGAGACUUACCAUGUACCCAGUUGCUUCCAGAUAAACUAAUCUUGUUUGGAGACUACUGGAGGUGCUUUGAUUGAAGCCUUGUAUUCUGUUAAUUUUGACAACAAAUUUCUGCUGUGACCAGUUCUGCAAGUUUGUGUUCUCUGCUACUGGAAGUCCUGGGUUGGGGCUUUUCUCUGUAAUUGCAACUAGAACUGCAGUUGGAAACAAAUUUUUUAUUUUUGUAUUACUUGACUGUGCACCAUUUUUAUAGCAGUUUAUCCUAUUUUAAAAAUAAAUUUGUUUUAUUUACAUGGUGUUUAAGACACAGGCAACACUUUUCUAUGGGUAGUUGUAAUGUUUAAGUGACGAAUCUAUAUAAUUACAAAGUCCUUAAUAAAAUCAUGUGUGCCAUUCUUGAGUGUGUAUCCGGCAUGCAGAGCUUUUCAGUCAUGCCAAAAUGGCUUUUCAUCCACAUGCAGGCUUUCCAGUGGCCCCUUAAAGCUUUUUCAUGUCCUUUGAAGUUCAUUUGCAGCUGAACUACAAGCUGCCCUCUUCCAGCUCAGUCUUGUGCAAGGAGAUAAGCAGAAGAACUGAAGAGACAACUUUUCAGGACAAAUUUAGAGUCCGCUUUCCUUCCUUAGUGGGGAUGGUGGAGUGGGAGAACACUUGACAUGUAAGUCCCAGGUUGGCAGUAGAGGUGCUGGGGUCUGCCAGUUGUGAUGGAUUAAAUACUUUUUUUGCCAGCUGAUUAUUAAAGCCAAUAUGUGGAGUGCUUUGUGGGAAGCAGUCUAGACUAGAGAGUGAUGCUGCACUGGGAAUAAUGCUGCAGGAGGAGGAGAUGAGACAGUUGAGACAGAAAUCAUCUUGAAAAGCGCACUGAACCAAGUAGUGCUUGAGGACUGGAGAUUUCACGCAGGACAGUUUGGGUGUAAAAAUCAGGCCAAUGGGAUUAGUAGUUCCCAGCAUUUGGUUUCUGCAGGUGGUUUGCAUCGUAGCCUCUGAUCAGCUGGGUUUCAAAGGAAAAAAGCAUGCCAUUCUUUAAAUGGUUUGAUUUUUUUUUUUUGUUUUCCACAUUAUUUUACUCUCUGUUUUAUUUGGAAGUUGAGCAGCAGUGUGUUGUCUUUACUGUGUCUUCCAGCUCUAGAGAACUUUGGGGUUUUUUUCCUCUCAUUUCUAUAUUGCUUUUUCAGCGGAGUGCCAAGUGGCAGUGUCUGCUCCCUUUUGUCCCACUGAUCUUAGCUCAUGCUUUCCCAAGGCAAUGAUUCAGGAUGUCACCUGGAGUGAAUGGAAAGGGGAGCAUGUGCUGAUCUGAAGUUCUGAGGUGUUUGGGUUUUUUUGUGUGUGUGUAUUUCUCCAUCACUGUGCUUGCUGUGGUUAGGAGUGCAGCCCAUCACUUCAGUAGUUUCAGUGCUGCUCCACAGACUAAACAAGUGGUAUGACCAGCUCAGAAUUGUGACUUCAUCUGUCCGGUAGCUUGUGUUCAUGCUCCCAGCUGCCAAAACCAGGGUGGGGUUUUACAUGUGGCCUUAGCUUGGCAUGAUAACCCAAGGACUUUCUGUAUUAGCAAAGCGUGUCCUAUAAGGGAGAACUUGGAAGUGAAAAACCUAGUUGCACAUUGUGGUGGUGGGUUGAGCCUUGCUGGCAGGUAAGCCCCUACUCUGUAGCUUGCUCAGUCUCCCCAGAAGGAUGGAAAAACAAAAGCAUCAAGAUAAAGACAGUUCAUUGAGUGGCAAUCGCCACCUCCCACCAGCAGACCAAUGCCCAGCCAGUCUCAAAACAAUGGCUACUUUGGAGCCACACACAUGCAAUUUUAGUGCUGAGCAUGACAUUGUAUGGUAUGGAAUAUUUCUUCAGUCUGUUCAGGUGAGCUGUCCUGGCUGUGUGUCCUCGUACCCUUGUGCCCAACCCCAGCCUACUCUGCUGGGGUGGCAGAGUGAGAGGCAGAGAAGGCCUUGACCCUGUGCAAGCACUGCUCAGCAACAGGUAAAAUGUGUUAGCAAUGUUAUUUUGGUAACAAAUCUAAAACACAGCACCAUGUGGGCUGCUGUGAAGAAAAUUUAACUCCAUCCCACCCUCACAGAGUACACAGGUCCGCUUACUCAAGUCUUAAUCCAAGACUCACUCCCUGCAUUUCUGUACAGCACCUUCUCAGGGUGGUUACUUCUUUCUGAAAGGGCUUUUUUCACAGCAGGCAAUUAGCCUGCUCCAUAGUGCUCCCUUUCAUGGAGGGAGCAGGGGAUGCUAGCUCUUACUCUUUCAGCACAAAAUGGGGAUAUAAAGCAAAAAUGAGCCCUUUCUGUAUCAGUGUUCUGGCAAUUGAGCAGCCAGUGUUGGAGACAGCUUACUUAAUGUGCCCUCAGGGCAUGCACUUUAGUGGUUUGCUCUGAGUGGAUAUGAUGUAUUCUAUGAAUGUAUGUUAUAGAGUCAGAAUAAAAUGCAUGUAACAGACGUAUACUCAUCAUCACUAUCCAGUGAUCAUUUGGUUCUAAGUGCAUAUUACAUGCUGUAUUGAAGAUGGCACAGUCAUUUUAAGAAACACUCUAAGAUUUAGAAGUAGAUACUUAACAGCAUCCCUGUUUUUUAAAUCAUGGCUUUGCCUGUGCAGAUACUGUUACUAAAUCUAAACAUCACUAGUCCAUUGAUUCUUGAACAGCUUGUGUGUCACAUUAUCGCCACAGAAAUCCUGUUUCAUCUUUGUGGAAAAAAACCCGUGGUGUUUCCCAAAACAAAACGCAACAGACUUAUUUGAAGCAUUUCUUGCACUCAGCUUGCUUGUUGGGAUAAUGGAAGUUUACUCUAAAUAUUUCAUUUUUAAAUGCUUUUUCAACUAUUUCAUCUCUGCUGUUAUUUCCAUCGCAUAAAAAGAGAUAUGGAGACUAGUAAAUUUGUAUUUCCUGUGUUCUGUAGCAAAUACUGUUCUCAAGGUAUUUUUUUUUUCUUUUAUAUUUAGAACGAUGAGAGAUUAAAUUUGUCUCUGGUGAGGUGGGUUGUGUAUAAAAGGCAGAAUUUCUGAUCUGGGAUGGAGCUGUGAUGUGUCUUGCAGUGUUUGCAAGCUGAGGCAAUCAAGCCAAAGCUCUUCAGAGAUAUCAGGAUUACAAAAAUAUUUUUAGGGACAAUAGUUAGCAUGAAUCCAUCUGAAAAUACCCAUUUGGAGGCUAAACUAUCUGGCAUUCAUUUGAGAGAGAUCUGUUAAAACAGGACUAGUAGAAAACCAGCAAACACCAUCAGAUUCUACUCUGCUGUCUUGUCUCACUGAGGUCAAGUCAUCAUAAGUGACUACAAUGAGCAGAAUUGGGUGUUUUAAGCAUUUGGUGCUUUUCUAUGGGAACAUAGGAUUCCCUUAGAACCAAAGUUGCAAAAAUUCAGAGCAAAAGUACCAGCUGACAUUCGCAGAACUAGCCUGAUUUUAGUGACUUUAAAGACAGCUCUGGCCUCUCUGUGCAUGUGAGGGAAGAUGCUGGCUGCAUGUUCCUCAAGCGCACCACCGCUUACCCUCCCCUGGCACGAGUGAAGUAGGGGCAGGUGGGGAGUAUUUCGGAAAGGCUUUGUGAGUUAGGAAGCUGGUUACUCCUGAAACAUAGCAGAAGUUGGGGAUGGACUGGAGUUCUUAUGAAAGUAAUAAUUUUUAACUCUCAAAUAAAUAAUGUGUGUGCUCCAGUGUUAGUAUUGCUUGGGUCCCUCCUUACUCAAACUGAAAAGGGAGAAUAUCUCUCAUGAGAAAAAGAGUGCUGCAGGAAAUGUGAUAGUGUCUCCUAGAGGAGCGAGGGAGGAGAAAACAGAAAGGUUGUUUUAUUUCUCAUGUAGGCCAGAAAGCAGCUGCCAGAGGUUAGGCGGAGCCAUGGAGAACAGGGUUUCACAGGUGGAAAAUAUUCCGCAAGAUCAUCACAGUAGUUAAUAACAUUCACAUUCCGAUUCACAGACAUCUCACAGCAACAUCCCCUGUGCCCUGCUUUUAUUUUGCUCUGGAGCAUUUCAGAGCAAGAAAGAAAGUGGAGUUCUAUAUCUAUAGAAAGGAAGGGUGGAUUGUGUUGCUGAUCAUAGCAACUGCCCUGAGGAAAAAGGAAAAUCUUCUGAACAUGUUGUAAAGGCUUCACAGCACAUGCAUUGUCAUCAAAGCUUCAUCUGGAAACAAAUUUUUCAUCAUCUUUCACUCAUACUUCGAACAAGGCAAUCAAACCCCUGGACUGGCUUAGUGAUUUACAUUGAAUCAAGAUCAACUGACACGUGCUCCUUUUUCCAGUGGAAUGCCACCUCCUUUGGGAAUGGGAAAAGUAAAUGUGACACUGUUUAUUGUUGUCUUGAGAAUGUGAAAUGUUUUACAUUGCAAGCUUCGAAUGCAGGAAGAGAAAGGAAAUUAACAGUGCUGAUCUAAUCUUAGAUUUUCUGUGUAAACUGACAUUGUGCCAGAAUACUGAUGCAAAACUGUAUUUUAGUCUAAGAAAUGUAUAGAUUUUUUAAUGUAUCAAAAUAAAGUUUUUCUUUUUAAGUAAGAAAUAAA